AUGGAGUCCAAGUCCUGGAAAAGCGUGUCAAAAGAGAGCCAAGCCUCGUCAGGGCGAACGCUCUUAGGUGAAGAUCCCACGCCAGAGACGUGGGUAGAGCCAGUGGUGGAGCGCUCAGAUCUGCGAGUCGUCCGCGAUGACAUCUCUAUGGAUAUAUUUCUAGUGGCCGUUGCAGAGCUGGCCGAGAGAUUUACCUAUCGCUCGGUAUCAGCACCAAUACAGAAUUAUAUUCAGAAUCCCCGGGAUGAUGCAUCGCACCCGGGAGCACUGGGAAUGGGUCAAACAAUAGCGACCAGCAUCAACUAUAUUUUUGUUACGUGGUGCUACCUAUCUCCGGUUCUCAUGGGUAUCAUCGCAGACAGCUUUCUGGGUCGGUUCAAAACCAUCAUCUUGGGAACUGGACUAUCAGCAUGCGGAGUAUUGAUUUUAUUUGCCACAUCCCUCCCAGUGAGUCUGGAGAACGGAGCUGGUCUCCCCGGGCUUGUGGCCGCGUUGAUCUUGAUCGGGCUGGGAACCGGUGCUAUCAAGAGCAAUGUCGGACCACUGAUUGCAGAGCAGUAUCAGUCUCUCGGGCCGCGAGUGAAGACCUUGCCAGACGGUGAACAGGUUCUGGUAGAUCCAAACGUCACUAUCCAGGCGAUAUAUGCUCGAUAUUACUGGAUAAUCAACUUAGGCGCACUGUCGGUUAUACCCGUCUCCUGGCUAGAGCUGGAAGUGGGUUUCUGGGCUGCCUUUAUGCUACCGUUAUGCUUUUGGGCUUUGGCAAUGAUAGCGCUGCUGGCUGGCCGCACGCGCUAUGUUAUGCGACCUCCGAAUGGAUCAGCUAUCACCAAGGCAAUGCGAAUACUAUGGAUUGGCAUCAGAAGCGGGGGCAAUCUUGAGGCAGCCAGGCCUGCAUCACUGGCAAAAACUGGUGCCCCCGUGCCAUGGGAUGAUACGUUCGUGGACGAACUUAAAUGUGCCCUGGUGGCAUGUCGGGUAUUUUUGGUCUUCCCGUUAUACUGGAUUUGUAGCGGCCAGGCAAGUUCAAAUCUUGUCAGUCAAGGUGCCUCGAUGAACACUCAUGGUAUACCGAAUGAUAUGAUGGGAUGUAUUAACCCAAUCACUGUCCUGAUUGCAGUACCGUUGUUUGAACGCUUUGUUUAUCCGACGUUGCAUCGCUUCCAUAUCAAGUUCAAACCGAUUAGCCGGAUUGCAACAGGCCUUCUCUUGUCUUCCUGUGCAAUGGCAUUAGCGGCCGGCCUUCAGCAACUGAUCUACGAGACCACCCCAUGUCAAAGAAACCCAGCAGCCGAUAGUUGCGAAGGAGUCUCUCCGAUUCGAAAGAUCAGCAUACUUUUACAAAUACCCGUUUACUGUCUGAUGGGUCUAGCCGAGCUGUUCGCAAUGCUAUCCGGGAUGGAGUACGCCUACACCAAAGCGCCACAGUCCAUGCGUAGCAUCAUCAUGUCCCUUUUUCUCCUCGCUGGCGCUUUUGGUUCUUCCAUUGGUGUUUCUCUUUCGCCGACAUCUGUGGACCCGAAGGUCCUGAUAGAAUAUAUAUCGCUCAGUGCCACUAUGCUGGUGGCGGCUAUCAUAUUCUUUUUGUGUUUCCGAAAAUAUAACAGGAUGGAGGAGAGUAUGAACAAACUAGUCAAUGGAGAUCGCCCGAGGAGGGAGUCAUGA